AUGUAUGAGCAAGAAAAGUGUAGAAUUGUGAGAUCCAGGUGCAAGAUCCAUGGCUUCGUUAGUGGAUAUAUUAGUAAUUUCUCAUUUGAGCCGGUGGUAAACGGAGAACAAGGUUUCAGGGUCGGUGAGGGAAGCACGGUUUCGUUGUUGAUGCAAGUGGAAACGAGGGAUGACUGGAAGACAUUGUCUGUGGGCACUGUAGAGUAA